CUCCUUCUUAUCUCAGAAUUUUUUGGUUUAUACAUUCAAAGAAGCUGGAUCUUUGCAUUCUGAUUCUUCUUAUUUUAAGAUGCAUUGUCAUUACCAAGGAUAUGUUGCAGAUUUUCCAAAUUCAGUUGCAACACUCAGCAUAUGUUCUGGGCUCAGCGGAUUCCUUCAGUUUGAAAAUAUCACCUAUGGAAUUGAACCAUUGGAAUCUUCAGCACGAUUCGAGCACAUAAUUUAUCAAGUGAAAAAUGACAAUCCAGAUAUACCAGUGUUAGUGGAAAAUACCAGCAAUAUUUGGCAGAAAGACCAGCCCUAUAAAGUUUAUUUAAGCUCUCAGAAAAACACUCUUUCAAAACUAUUACCCCAGUAUCUAGAAAUGCACAUUAUCGUGGAAAAUGCUUUGUACGAUUAUAUGGGAUCAGAAAUAAUGGCUGUAACGCAGAAAAUUAUCCAAAUUAUUGGCCUUGUCAACACUAUGUUUACUCAGUUCAAAUUGACUGUGAUACUGUCCUCCUUGGAACUGUGGUCAGGUAAAAACCAAAUGUCUACCAACGGAGAUGCUGAUGAUUUAUUAAAAAGAUUUUUGGCAUGGAAAAAGGACUAUCUUAUCCUACGGCCCCAUGAUAUAACAUUGUUACUUAUUUACAGGAAACAUCCUAAAUAUAUGGGAGCAACAUUUGCUGGCACAAUAUGUAAUAAAAGCUAUGAUGCUGACAUUGCUAUGUACACAGAUGCAAUAACUAUGGAGGGAUUUUCAGUUAUUAUAGCUCAACUAAUUGGCCUUAAAAUUGGACUAACAUAUGAUGACAUAAACAAGUGUUCUUGUCCAAGAGCUACGUGCAUAAUGAAUCAUGAAGCAGUGGGUUCCAGUGGUGUAAAGAUUUUUAGCAACUGUAGCAUGCAUGACUAUAGAUAUUUUGUUUCUAAAUUUGAUGGUAAAUGUCUUCAGAACUUUCCAAAUUUGCAACCAUAUUAUCAAAAUCAAUCAGCGUGUGGUAAUGGGAUUUUGGAGCUUAAUGAAGAAUGUGACUGUGGCAGUGAAGAGGAAUGUCAAUUUAAGAAGUGCUGUGAUCAUAAUACAUGUAAACUGAAAGGCUCAGUAGAAUGUGGUUCUGGACCAUGCUGUACAUCAGAAUGCGAAAUAUCAGUAGCAGGCACUCCAUGUAGAAAGAGUAUUGAUCAAGAGUGUGAUUUUACGGAGUAUUGCAAUGGAACUUCUAGUAAUUGUGUUCCUGACACUUAUGCUUUGAAUGGCCACUCGUGCAGGUUGGAGACUGCAUAUUGUUAUAAUGGACAAUGCCAAACUACUGAUAACCAGUGUGCCAACAUAUUUGGAGAAGGUGCUCAAGGUGCUCCAUUUGCCUGUUUUGAAGAAGUUAAUUCUCUUCAUGAUAAACUUGGAAACUGUGGUUUUAAAAAUUCACAACCAUUGCCUUGUGAACCAAAGGAUGUUCUCUGUGGAAAAUUAGCUUGUGUUUGGCCUCAUAAUACUUAUAAAAGUAAUGUUCAGUCUGCAGUUUAUUCAUAUACUCAAGGGCACGUAUGCAUAUCCAUUACUACCGGGUCAUCAGUGAGAUCAGAUGGAAGAGAUUAUGCCUAUGUGGCUGAUGGCACUGUGUGUGGAGCACAAAUGUAUUGUGAAAAUAAAACCUGCAAAGAAGUCAGUUUAAUGGGAUAUAACUGUGAUGCCACUACAAAAUGCCAAGGGAACGGGAUAUGUAAUAAUUUGGGCAAUUGUCAUUGCUUUCCUGGCUAUCAGCCUCCAGAUUGUGAAUUCCAGGUUGGUUCACCAGGGGGAAGUAUUGAUGAUGGAAAUAUUCAGAAAUAUGAUACAAUUUUUAUUAAAAAAGACUACAGUGUACAUCGGAACAACUGGCUUAUUCUAAGUUUCUACAUUGCUUUGCCCUUUCUCAUAAUUUUCACCAUUAUGAUCAUGAAACAAAAUGAAAUAAGAAAAUCAUGCAACAGAGAGAAUGCGGAAUAUAAGGGCUUUCAGAAUCUCGGCAAAACCAUUACAUCUGAGAAGUAUGCUCAGCAAAUCGAUGAGAUGUGCUGGAAACUGCAACACCUGCAGCUGGCAUUGGUCAACAGAAAGGGCCCAAUUCUUCUCUAUGACAACGCCCAACUGCACAUUGCACAACCAACACUACAAAAGUUGAGCGAAUAG